UCCGAAUCCUGAUGGGCCAAGACAUAGGGGACGGACGUGGACACUAUUGGCCUAAGUGCGCCAUAGAAUCAUUUCGCGUAACAAGCCACAAAUCACCCUUGCGGCAGUCUAUGUCCAAGGGCCUUUGAAUAAGGCUCAAAAAAUAAUCAUCCAGCGCACAAUGCUAAUUAAGCAUGUGUACACUUCCUUGUGGUUCUAUGAGUGCUCGGAGGAGUGAAACCCAGCUUACUCUGCACAAACUACGGAGUAUGCAUUUCGCAGCGGCUUGGAUCAUGGAUCCUUCCAGCGCCAUGUGUAUACAUGUACUCUAGUUAACUACAGAGUACGGAGUAGCUGUACUCUGGAUUUGAACCACGAAUAACUACAAAACUACACCAGAAUUCUUGAGCUUGUCGGGUUGGGACUCUGAGCUUUCUCACAUCAUCUCAAGCCCAGAAAUACCCGAUGUAAUCUUCAAAUUCGAUCAAGGGUCUGGUCUCCCUCUCCCAUAAGCCUACGCAGUAGAGGCCCAUUAAAUUUUGCCCAGCGCCGGACGACCAAGGAUUGUUUAAUAAUAGACACAUCAUCCAACGUUGAUAGUUAACUAGUCCAAUCGCAAACCCUAAAAGACACAGGGGGGGAUUGAUCCAGGUUCCAACUAACCACUCACUCUGCAACUGGGCAGUAGUGGCCAUGGCCAUGGAGCAAUCUGUCGAAGAAUCUGUCCAUGCACAUGGAGAUUCGCCCUUAUGAUGGGAUGGAUCCCUGGGGUCGGUCGCUUGGCUUGCGGCUGAGUUGGGCUCUCGACCUGCUGAGGCUAUUCAUCUCCAGAUCUAUUAUAAUAUUAACUAACAGUUGCCUUUGACAUCGCACUUUAGCACCCACCGAGUUCCAGACCAUCACAGGCCCCCGCCGUUUAAUUGCUCUUGCUGGCCGUUGACGUUUAACCGCUGCCAAACAAAAAUCCCUCCGACGUUUCUUUAUCAAACGCCGUGGGGCCUCUUUGUUUUGUUCUCUCCGUGCGCUGCAAGGCCGACAAGUCAAGACCCUCAACCUGGCCCACGCUCAAUUCUUCUUGUUCCUUUCUUGGGGCCGCUCACAGCAGGAGACACCACGGAUGUCUGCGUUUUCCUUUCGCGGGCUCAACUCACAGAUGUGAUGCAAGUCAAUCUCCUCUCGUGCUGUUGAUUUGAAGCCCGUUCUACUUCGCGCCACCACCACAUUCAUUGAAAUUCCCACUCUUUAUAUCCUGCAUGAAUGCUCUCUCCAUAUGCGCGGUUGACAUCUCAAUCCAUCUAGCCUUGAAGAGCAUUCCCACAAUCGUGGUUUUUUGAAUUAUCUUUCUCCACCUUGUUUAUGUCUUUGCUGCGGCGACGGCAGAGACUCAGACCUAGCUGGCGGUGUCCAAUGCGAGCAUCAACGCUUGCUUCUACUUGUACUCUCUCAAUGUCACUUUGGACCUGUUUUCUGCUGGUCGUCCUGUGGUUGCCCUUAGCAUCGGCCACGCUACCAGCUGCUCCAGCCGUUGCUGCCCUUCCUAGCGUUAUUAGUCGGAUCCAUUAUUUGUUGAUCGCAAAUAACAACCCUGGAGGUGAUCUAGGGAAGAUCGUCGUCGAUCCACAUUCGCCAUCCCUCCUGGCACAAGCACACGUAGAUGUUCCUCUACAACGACGAAGCUCAGUUGCAGAUAGAGCAGUGGAUGAAAGCAAUGACAAGGACGACAAGACAACUUCAACGACCACCACUAAUUAUCCGAUAAAAACGAAAACUCCAUCCCCUUCAUCGGAGACGACCGGAGACUCUUCUUCAACUUCUUCCCCCUCAGGAGCGGCGACUUCCAAACCAACCGAAACAGGCUCACCUACUGAGAAGACUAAAUCCCCAACCCCAACCGAAUCGGACAAUAAACCUCUCCCAAGCCCCUUCGACAGUAACCUAGGAUCUAAUUUUACAAACCCCGCCUGCGAAGGCUUUUUCCACAGCUUCCUCGGCAACACUUCCUUCCAGGACUGUCUCCCCGUUUCCCUCCUCCUCCAAUCAUCGCUCUCGUUCUUCGAAGCCUCGCGCUCCGUCGUCCGCCUUACCCGCACCCUCGAUGCCGCCUGCUCCAUACCCCGGGACUCCUGCAGUGCGCUCAUGAGCGACCUAGCCACCAAGCUCACCUCCAAGGAGAACUGCGGCGACGACCUCAAACGUGAGCAACCGAUCGUCAUCCAGGCACACAACGGCCUCCGUUCCUAUGGAACAGUCCGUUACGCUACAUGCCUUAAAAACCCAGACACGGACAAUUACUGCUUCUCCGACUCCAUUUCCAACGCCACUAAUCCGUCCAAUGCGUUUAUCUACUAUCUGCCCCUGGGUAUGCCAUUACCCGGGUCCAGCCGGCCAACCUGCAACAAGUGUCUGCAGGCGACAAUGCAAUCCUUCUCGAAUGCGGCGACGACUGAUAAUCAACCCAUCUCUAGGACCUAUCUCUCGGCCGCCAAUCAGAUUAAUAUUGAAUGCGGACCGUCAUUCGUGGUCGCGGCUGUGAAGCUUGGGUCGGAGAAUGGUGCCAGUGCGACCACGCGGCUGAUGCAGGGGUCUUCGUUGUUUGGGUUCAAUUUGAUAGGGGGGAUGGCUUAUAUACUGCUCUUCUGUGUUGGGAUGCCGCUUCUUGGUAAUAUUCUAUGAUAAUGUGACUUUGUUAUUUUUCUUCUUCUUCUUCUUCUUCUCAUAUUUGUAUAGUUCAAUAUUUGAACUUUUCAAUUCUAAUUUUAUACACAUUCUUUUUCCCAACUACUUGGGACAUGACUGCAUUGCUAUUGGGUGCUAUUGAGGGAUAACUUGCUUUUUCCAUUGUAUAUAUUUAAAUUUACCAUUGUUCCAGGGAGAUUUUAUUAGUAUUACUUACACCCCCCACAUUCCACAUCUUUUGCAAUAUAUAUUCUAGAGGCCGCCCACCCCAACAACCUGAUGUGAUCCAAUAUAGAGACCCACCUCCCUUUCGCCAUAUCUCCUGGAUCAAGAUGCUCUCUUUACGGAAUAAUCGGAGAACGGUGAGUGGGCCGCGAGCUCCAUUAAUGGAUCCCUGCUUAAAUACAUGGCUUGCUGUCAACGGUUACACCGCACCCACCAUAUAUGUAUUCAUAUUGUCGAGCACAACAUGCCUGCCGCCGAAAUCGCAUGUUACUAUUAUUCAAUAUGUAAUGUUAUCUCCCCCUUGUGCAUCCAUUCUACAUUCACGCAGCAGUUACUUCCCCCCCAAAACUCUUCGUUGUGUACAUGUAUAUGUAAUCACUAGUAGGGAGGUAGGGUAGAAGAAAAGGGGAAGGGUUGGUGUCGUUGUCCUCGGCCUGUUCUGCGGGGGCGAUAUGCACUGCACACAGCGAUUAAAUUUACCGCAUAGCGCGCGACGUAGUCAUCUUCCGAAUAUAGCUAUAACCUCUCAAUCUCCGGCUCCUGCUUCUUUUCUCGCAUCAUAUUAUAAACGAAACAAGCCCCCGGGCAUAUUAAAAUUUCAGUAAACCCUCCCUUUUGUGUCAAAACAGAAGAAGGUAGUGCA